AUGGAUCGAUGCGAACAAAAAUUUCCUUAUGAUUCAUCUGUUGCUUUGCUUGAAGUUCUCGAUCCAGUAUUAAAUAAAGCUUUUGCCUUUAUUGAUCCUCAUGGUUUAUCUGGAGGUUCUUUCUUGUCAGCUGGUUUAAAAGUUAGAAAGGGAGAUUGCAAGU